AUGAGCUCUGCUAGUGUUGAAGGUCAGUACAUACGAUUGCGUGACACCAAAGAAGAACCUCCUGGUGUUGGAGUUGAGUGCAGUCUUGAUGGUGAGUUUAGAGCCUACAUUCCUGUGAGACCCACACUGUUAUCUCAAUUAGAACUGGUGGAGACUCAAGAAGCCUUGGUGGUACAAGAUUUGUUGGUGACAUUCCUUGGGUUUGAGGGCCGUUAUAUUCGUUAUAGUUCUCGGUACGAUGUUGAUGAUGUGGAUAUGUUUGUUACUGGGCCUGAUUAUAAGACGGCGAUUCAUAUGGAUGUAAGUUUAAAAGCAGUUGCUAAGAAACUACUCACUUUGAGUAAGUAUUAUAGUGGAUUAAGUGGAUUCAUAGAAAUCUACGACAAAGUUGGCUAUGGUAGACUUGUGCAACGGUUUUGCUUUGAAAUCCAACAGUACUUGAAGCAAUAUAGAGCUUUGGUACAACAAUUGAAAUGGGAAUUUGAUAACUCCAGUACUUUCAAUAUUCAUGUUUUGGAAAACACCAUGGAACGUCAAGUGGCUAUGAAAAUACAGUAUCUUUAUGGCAUUGCCAUGGAAUUACAUCAAAUAAAUCAACAGAAAAGGCUGACUCCAUUUGAUCAAAUUCAAUUUGAACACUUUGUUCAAGAAGCUAAGGAAACCCUUCAAGGAGGCUCUAUGAGUAGUAGUGGUAGACCAUUGGAAACUGCUGCUACUCUGAGUAUAUUUACAUCUUGUAAAGGUUGUAUUGUUCUCAAAGCCAUACAGAUACAAGCUAAUAGUGCCAAGGGAGAUACAAAUUCUUUUGAGUUUCUUAGUCAUCUCUAUAGAUCAGUUAGUGAAGAGUAUGUGGUUAUAUUAAACCAGUGGCUCUUGAAAGGUGAGAUAGAUGAUCCCUUUGAUGAGUUUCUUGUGAAGGAACAACAAGUGAAACGAGAUUUACAAGGUCUUUUUGCCUUGGAAAGUGAAGAGUAUUGGGCUAAUGCCUUUGUUAUCCGUACCGAGGGUUUAAUUGAUCAAUUUUUGAAUUCCCUGAUACAGCAGAAGAUUCUUAACACGGGAAAAUACCUUAACAUUUUCCAAAAGUUUACAGGUUUGCAAUUGGAUCAACUUGGUAUAGACUUACCAAAAGUUACUCCAAUAGAAAAGCUAGAUUCAAGUGAUUUGGAAAUAAAAAUAAAUCAAAUGUAUCUCCGAGCAAAUGUGCUUAUGGGACAACUUAUAUUUCAAGGAUACAAUUUAACAUCAGUACUUGAACAUUUAGGUAGGUUAUUCUUUGCUAUUGACUCAAGCAGGCUUGAUCAGUUUUUGGGGUUAACCAUGAGUGAUUUACGUGUUGGUGUUCAACGAGCUUCUGUGUCUCGUAUCUCACAUUCCUAUGAAGAAGUCUUCAAUGUGUGUCCACCAUUUGAGUUUUGUGGUGAAGAUGAACAAGACAGAUUUGAAGAAAGUAUUGAUAUUACUGAGAUUAUAAAUCAAAUGGUGAAGUUUUCAAUUAGUUCACAAAGUUUUUUUGAAAUUGUUCGAGAUGAGCUUAAUAUCGAAUCUUUUGAUGCUGAAAGGGCACUUGCUAAUGUUGAAUCCAAGACUUUUGGUCAAUUUUAUCAUGAGAUACUAAAGCAUAUGGAGAAUAAAGAUAAUGAAACUGCAGAUUUGCAUAGUAAAGAUCUUGAAGGAGUUGGAAGUAUUUGUAAUUAUACUGUUUCUCAUUUGGAUAUAAGUGUUACACUCCCAUUCCCCUUGAAUAUUAUUAUGGGUAGACAAUGUUUGUAUCGGUACGAAUUGAUAUGCAAAUUCCAAAUGAUCAUCAAAUUCAUGUCAAAGUACAGUGAAUCUACAUGGAAGACUAUGAGAACUUCUCGUCAAUGGUGUGAAUUCACUAAACUUGGUUCAAACAAACCAGCAGGAGGAGUAUACCAAAGUCUUCGAAAAUGGUGUUUACGAGCAACAGUAUUACAAUCCCGGAUGUACCAAUUCCUUAUUCAGAUCCAAAACUAUUUGGCGAUAGAUGUUAUAAAAGAAAACUAUUCUCGUUUAAUCGAAAGAGUGGAGAGUACCCGAGAAUAUUUGGAGAAGGCGUCACAUCAACAGAAUGUUGGAGGAGGAAGGUCUUCUAUGGCCGCCCCUCAAACUUCUGCAUACUCAACUUUGCUUUCGUCUACCAUUCAAGCAGGAGCCUUUAAAGGUAUUUCGGCCAGAGAAGUUGUGACCAAUUCACUUGAUCAAUUGAUACUUGAGAUCGAUGAAUGUAUGAAUGAUAUACUUUACAGUUCCCUUGUGCUUGAGAGUGAUUUGGUUAUUCACAUUCAAAAGCUUUUAGAUAUUAUUGGACUGUUUAAUCAUUUCAUUCAUCAAGCAACUAAGAUUAUGGGUAUCACCAUGGACGUAUUGGCAUCUCGAUACAAUGAAUUGGAAGAACAAUUGAAUGAUUAUAAUGAAAUAUUUGGAACACAAUUGACUGCUUUUAUGGUUCAAUUGAAUUUCUUUGGUCAACGGGUUAAUAAGAAUGCAUUAGAGUUUAGUGAAAGUCUUGAAAGAUGUUUCCCAUCGAAUCAAUAA